AUGCUUUUCUCAUUUCAAACGCCCACGAAUUUCAAGAGUUUGUUGCUGCGCGCCGAGGUGCUGCGGAAACUUAAUCACUUUCAGAGCUCAUUGGCAGAUGUGGAGAAUGCACUGAAAAUUCGUUAUACAUCGGCGAAGGCUCAUUAUUUAAGGGCUUUGGCUUUAAGUGAACUGGGACGUUUCGAUGAAGCACUCUAUGACAAUUGUCUCGCUAUAAGUUUGGACAAAGCAGCUAGUCUAACCACGACAGAAUUAUUUCAGCAUGAUCUCUCAAAAACAUUGCAAAAAUUCUUGGCUCAAUCUCAAAAGAGUAAACUUGCGUCUCACAGAUGUUUCUCGACUACCUCACCUUAUAGUGUACUCGCCGAACAACGUUUACGUCGCAAACAAAUGGCUUUACUGCGCAAUGCCGAUGAGGAUCACAUAAAUGCCAUGGAUGAAGAUUUCUUAGCUUGUAGCAAGAAAUGCGACAUCAUAGCAGAUGAAGAAGAAGUAUUAGCCGCCGCUGAUUAUCAUAGCACUUAUCCCAGCAUAGGAAAGGAUUAUGAUGUUUCGCUGCGACGACAUCCGAUGCGUAAACAUUUUCGACGAAAAUGGAUACCAAAAGAGACAGAAUUAUUGCCCACAGUUCCGCUCGAUGAGUUGCGUUGUAGCACACAAUUUUGCAACAUCAUUGAACGCACACAACAGGAAUUACAGCGUUUAAGAAAACUCGAAUCCUCGAGCAGUCAAUUGAGUAAACAACUGAUGCAGGUGCCUACCAAUUUAAUUGAUGCCAGCGACUUUGAUUGCGUGUUGUGCUGUCGCACUUUGUGGAAGCCUGUUGUGACACCGUGUGGACACACUUAUUGCCGGGUAUGCUUGGAUCGUUGCAUGGAUUAUACAUCCUCGUGUCCAUUAUGCAUGUCACCACUUGUAGAACCAAACGUUAAUCAGUUAUAUCAAGGUGCAUCCUCACCAGUACCCUUAAGUUUGGCCAAAAGGCCUGUUACAAAGUUUCUUGAAGCUGCUAUGAAACGAUUUAUUCCAGACAGUUAUGAGAAACGUUCCCGCCAAGAAAUGAACAUGGAACCAUCAGUGCCAGUUUUCAUUUGUACUACGGCAUUUCCACAUGUUGCAUGUCCUUUGUUCGUGUAUGAGCCGCGCUACCGCCUAAUGGUGCGACGGGCUGUAGAAUCUGGUGAAAAACAGUUUGGCAUUGUGCAACCUCACAAGGGCAAAUCACGUUAUUACGAUGUGGGUACCAUACUCGAUAUCCGAGAUUGUGUUAUGCUACGCGAUGGUUGCUCUAUUUUAAGCACUGUGGGCUGUAAGCGAUUCAAAAUAUUAACGCGCAAUGAAAAGGAUGGUUAUGAGACUGCUAAGGUGGAGUAUAUAUAUGAUGAAACUAUAUCCGAUGAAAAUGUGAAGUUUGUGAGUGCUAUGCACGCCUCGGUACGAGCUAAGGCAAUCGAUUGGUUUGAAAGUUUGGGUACUGAAUUCAAACAGGAAAUAUUACAAAGUUUUGGUGAAAUGCCAGCAGUUGAAGAUAACUGGGAAAAUAUUGCUGAUGGGCCAGCGUGGGCGUGGUGGAUUAUAGCAUUGCUACCACUCAAUCCGCAUUAUUGCAAUAUAGCUUUUAUAGUCCAGUGGCUAACAUACUCAGAUUUAGCUUUAAAGGAUUUAUUUGUUUCAUUGAUGAAAUAA